CUUUGUCGGUCAGUGAAGAACAGUCGCAAAAUGUUGCUGAAAAUUAUUUGUUUUAUUUUUGUUAUAAGUACAUUAAAUUCGUUCUCUAGUGGAAAACCACAUACCGAAAAUGAGACGAAUUUAAAUGUAUCAACAACAACCAAGUUUAUUGAGAAAGAUAAUUGCUUAGAGGCCAAGUCUAAUGGGAUCUAUGAAGUACAGCUUCCCACCUUUAAUAAAAGUCAACCCUUUAAAGUUGCCUGCGAUGCGGAAACUCGGGGAGGAGGAUGGACCGUGAUUUUGAGGAGAAUGGACGGCAGUGUAGAUUUCUAUCGAAAUUGGACUGAAUAUAAAAAUGGAUUCGGCAAUCUGAGUGGCGAGUUCUUUUUAGGCUUGGAUAAAAUACAUUCACUAACAAGUUAUAGAAAUCAAGAGUUACUCAUUCUUCUCGAGGAUUUUGAGGGAAGUGAAACGUUUGCAAAUUAUGAAGGUUUUGUAGUUGGCAAUGAGGAUGAACAAUACGAAUUGCGCAGUCUAAACGGAUAUAGAGGAAAUGCUGGCAAUUCACUUAAAUAUCAUUGUGGCAGUAAAUUUACCACAUUUGAUAGGGAUAAUGAUAAUGUUCCCACUCACAACUGCGCUGAGAGAUCCCUUGGCGCCUGGUGGUAUCACGACUAUGUUUGUCAUCUCAGCAAUCUGGCGGGAAGAUAUAAUGAGACCACAUUUAAUAAGGGCAUUCAUUGGAUGCAAUUUCGAGGUCCCCAUUACUCCCUAAAAAGAGCCGUUAUGAUGAUACGGCCAAUAGAGACAUAUUUUAAUAAUUUCAUUAUCAUGACCUGUAACAACGAUAUUUAAUGUAUUUUGAAACUCAUUAAUCUCUUUAUACGAAUAUGAGAAUUUGAAAAAUUAAACGCCAAUGUCUUUCUGCUUUGAUUUCUCACAAUUUCUUUAUCACUCUAUAUUUCUCACUCUUU